AGUAUCUUUACGGUCGUUGCCGGCAACGAUAGUGGAAACGCGGCUCCGGCUAUAAUAUAACGUUGUUGCGAGCCGCCGCCGUCGUGUGUAACAGGUGGACAGUUCGGUGUUCAUAUAACGCAUCGACGGAGAUCCCCGCGGUCGUGUAGAGUUGAUUUUUUCCUCAAAAAAAUGUCUAGUUCGUUGCCUGCUCGCGUUUAGUUUUUUAUUAUCAUUAUCGGAAAAUUUAACAAAAUCGCGAUAGACCCGAAAAGAGCUAAACAAUAUAAUAUAUAAUAUAAAUAUAUUAUUAUUUAUUAUAGCGCUGCAUGCGAGGACGAAAAUCGUCGGGAGUGUAAACGAUUCGCGUUGGAUUAUUUAAAAUUUGGUUUUGCCGGUGGUUAUGUUCGUGAACUGGAUUACCGAUCAACCCAAAACUGGAGGGUAGCCACACAGACAAAGGGGUUACAGGACUGACCAAGCCGGUACCUCCACCAAAACCGGCGAAGAGUCCACAGAAUUAUCAACAAGCACCAGGGCCACCACCAUAUAGAAUGCCUCCCUAUCCAUUGUACAACGAGUCGACGCCAUUGCCCGGGACAAGCAACAAGAUCCAUACACAUUCCAGUAAAUUUCCGAUCGAAAGGGAGGUAAUCCUGAGUAAUGUAGACAAAAAUUUAAAAAUACCUAUUUUAAACGAGUACAAAAAAAGACCAAAAUCUGUUGCACCUGACGCACCAAAUGUACAAAUUGCAUGGUCGGAGCAAUCUUCAAACGUAAACAAUGUUCCUCAAAAUAAUCAUCAAUAUCAUACACCUCAACAUUAUACUAUGAUUAAGGAAAAUGUAAAUCAACAGUAUGUUUAUAAGGCUGAACCUAUAAAGUCUUUGGAUCCUCCAACAGAAUUAUCUCCGAUAUUCAGAGAUGACUCUAAUGGAUUUCCACAACGUGUUGAUACUUAUACAGCUGGACCAUUACAUUCUACACCUGAAGAUCCUAAUAACUCAAAGAAAUUUUCAUCUCGCAUUAAAGAUAUGAUAACAACAAGAUUUUCAAAAUCUAAAAAUGAACAAGUAUCAGAGACAAACUUAAAUAACGCAGAAGCACCAAUUCCAACUCCCGUGAAGUUAGACGAUCCGGCAUUGAGCCCUCACAGUCAACUAAUUCAACAUGGAGUGUAUUUAGCAGUUAAUAAUCAAAUGCAAAAUUUAGCCAUAUCCGUGCCUAAUCAAAAUGUAUAUCAAACACCAGAUCAAUGUAGAACAAAUCCUGGUCCAUCGAGAACGUAUGAUAGACCACAUACAAUACAGACUAAUAGAGUAAUUGAUAUGAGAAAACCAGAUCCUUCGACGUAUAGCGACGCUAACAGAAAUAAUUACGAAGUCAGAGUCCAGUCUAAUUAUGGGCAUAUCAACCAAAGUCCUUUAUAUGUAAAAAAAAGACUUUCAGUUCCUAUACAAACACAAGAAUGUUUUAAAACACCGUUGCCGGUUAAAAGUCAAGAUGCGCCGGUGCCUUUUUCGAGAUCCAAAUCGAACGAUAAUCUUGUUGAGCAGACCGGUCAAACCAAUAAUGUGCAAUAUUCAAGCGACAGAUAUCUUGCCCGAAAAAUUUCUAAACGGGACGAUUUCAAGUCCCAACCAAGUUCAUUAGAUGACGUUGAUAAACUGGAAGAACAAAGGGCUGCGAGUGGUCCAAUUAGCGGGGCUAGCUCAGAUGGGAGAUUGGGUAGUGGAGGACAAUCUGAUUCUGGACGUGGUAGUACCGUCUAUAGUAGUGGCAAAGCUCAAAAUUCUGCAACUAGUCCCGAAUCAUCGUCUGAAUUACAGACAAAUCAAGGAAAAAAAGGUCAAAGCGAAUGGAUGGAUUAUGUAGAUACCGAGUUACGACAAAUCCUUGAUCCAUCUAAAGUUAGUGUGCCAUCAACAUUAAGCGAUAGUGUAUCUUCUGUAACUCCGCCAUUGCCACCACUGUCUCCUGAUGGAUCAUCCGAUGAUAUGCAAACGCCCGUCCAUAAACUACGAAAUGAGUAUUCAGUAAAAUCUCGAGGCCAGAGUUCAAAUCAAAGAACACCUUGGUCAAACAGGGCACCAAAAGAAAAAUCACAUAGACAAACAAGUACUAAUAAGAGACAAGAUUUGAAAAGAAUACUACAAUCAAGCAGUGUUGGUGAUAUGGACUCAAUGUUUGACGAAGAAGCAAGCAGCGACGACGAAACCGUUAACAGUGACGUACGCACAAUACGUAAACAGUUAGAAGGAUUGGAAACUAUGUAUUCAGAGGUACUCAAAUUACUCGGGGUGCGUAAAUCUGGCGGUGGUCCUAGAUAUCAACCGUCUGACCCUAGAGUUCACCGACGACGAAUGUAUGGUAGUAUGUCCUCAAUUCCGUCAUCGGUUAGCAGUAGACCUUACCGUGAGAGGCACCGAAGGUCAACAGACGAUCGGAAGAAAUCCGUCAAGGAUAUUAAAGGUAUCAAUAAACGUUUUCAACGUUUGGAAUCGCACGUUGUCACCUUGGCAAGAAGUGUUGCACACCUCUCGUCUGAAAUGAGAACUCAACAUCUUAUGAUUCAAGAAAUGGAAGUUAUUCGAAACGAGCUUUCUGCAUUGCGAACACAGACAAACAUGUUGUCUAUACGUUCACAUUCUGUUCCCCGAGUCCUUCAAUCUCUCUGUCCAGAACAGACCAACUCGAGUCCAAAUAAAGUAAAGAAGCUUACUAAAUUUUUCGGCGACGAGCCUCCACUUUUAAGACUGUUUCUCAAAAAAUUAGGAUAUGAGAAAUACGCAUCGGCAUUCGAAAAAGAAAAAAUCGGCUUGGUGGAAUUGCCAUACAUGAGCGAGGAAAGAAUGCAUAAGCUCGGUGUGCCCAUGGGACCUAGGUUGAGAAUAAUGCAAGAAGCUCAAUUAGGUUUCCCUGGGAUGCACGAAAACACAUUAGCCAUAGUGUGAACAUUGUUUGCGGCACAACUGAACGUUGGCCGAUUAAAAGUAUAAUAUUGUGUUAUGCCAUUAAGUGUUACAUGUAAAUAUAAUGAUAUAGACAAAUGUUUAAAAAAAUAUAUUCGCAUAAAAUA